GAAAACUCAACGUGGGUGCAGACACCAUCCAGCAUGGGGUGGAGGGACUGAUGUACCUGCUCACCGAAAGCUCCAAGCUUAUGAUUUCUGAGGUAGACUUUCAAGAUUCCAUUCACGUUCUGGGAUUCUCAGAUGAACUGAACAAACUAUUACUCCAGCUGUACCUUGAUAACAGGAAAGAGAUCAGAAGCAUUCUUAGUGAGCUGGCACCAAAGCUUCCCAGCUAUCACAGUCUUGAAUGGAGACUGGAUGUGCAGCUUGCGAGCCGAAGUUUGAGACAACAGAUCAAGCCUGCUGUGACUCUGAAGCUACAUCUGAAUCAGAACGACGAUCAAACUGCGCGAGUGUUGCAAACCGACCCUUCUACCCUCCUCCACCUAAUUCAGCAACUGGAACAAGCUUUGGGGGAAAUGAAGACAAACCACUGCAGGAGAAUAGUGCGCAACAUGAAAUAG